AUGCACCGACUUUUGCAGGACAAAAAGCAAGAAAGGGAAGCAGCUCUCGAACAGGCACAGGCAGCGCGAGCAGCCGCGCUUCCAGCCGAGUACCUGGCUGCGACCUCGCACAUCCCCUCAUCCUUCUUCAACAAUGCUGCUGCAGCGCUGUUGGGUUUAGAUAAGGAUAAGGAAAAAGAGAAAGACGGAGAAAAGAAAGAGGAAUCCAGAGAAGAGUCGAGGCCCACCCCGCUCUCUGGCAUCCCCGAGGAGCCCAAGGGCAUGGGUAUGCCGGCUGCCUUUGGCGCGCCGCCGAAGGGGCCAGGUAUGUCAAUGCCGGCAUUGGGUCCUGGCAUGGGCAUGCCGGGUAUGGCAGGGGCUGCGAAGUCCGCGGGCGGCCUCCCUGCAGCGAUGAUGGCCAUGAGAAAGCCGGACGAGGGUCCACCGAAGACGAUCCCGCCCAAGUUCGGCGCUCCGGGACCACCACCCAUCCCGGUGAAGUCGGGCAUGCCUCUGCCGCCACCGAGUGGGCAGCCGUUCCCACCCAAGCCUGGCUCAAUGGCGAUGAUUCCAGCGAAAAGUGGUGGUGGCCCGAUGCCUUGCUUUAACUCUGGACCUGGGCCUGGUCUCGGCAUGCCACCGAAGGCGCCUGGAGACAACAAAGAUGAUGACGAUGACUCCAGUGACGACUCUAGUGACGACGAUGGCGCCGCCCCGAACCCGAUGAUGAUGUUAAUGAUGCUGAAACAGAUGCAAACCGCCGUGAUGUCGAACAUGGACAAGGCGCCGCCAGAGAUGCAAGAGCAGCAGAAGAUGCUCUUAAACAUGCAGCAGCAGUUCGAGUCAACGCUCAUGUCGAAGAUGGGCAUGGAGUCCGGUGGCUCUGCGCCUUCGGACACGCCCAUGUUCCCGCCACCUGGAAUGCCUGGUGGUUGCGGCGGUUGCGGCGGUUGCGGAGGCUGUGGUGGGCCAUGUGGACCACCAGGGGGCUGCGGCGGCCCGCCCGGCGGCUGUGGAGGGUGCGGAGGUCCGCCCGGCGGCUGUGGAGGGUGCGGAGGGUGUGGCGGGCCAUGUGGCCCCCCAGGUGGAUGUGGGGGGUGCGGUGGACCAUGUGGACCACCUGGUGGCUGCGGAGGUUGCGGCGGCUGUGGUGGCUGCGGCGGCUGCGGUGACAGGCCUCGACAGGACGGCGGCAAGUCUUCGUUGCCUGCUGCCUUGGCAAACAAGCAGAAGAUGGAUGCCUCCAGCAACUUAAUGAGCGUCGCCUCUUCCGCGUCAGCUAAUUCCCCUAAUGCGAUGAUGCCUUCAAACAUGGGGCUGCCAGCCGCGCAGGCCAUGGCAGCUGCUGGAGCUACUCCGGAGAUGCUUCAGAUGAUGCAGCAGAUGAUGGGUAUGAACUCAGGUGGCUAUGUCGACCCAUCGCAGAAAGGUGCCGUCGAGGCUCAGCAGGAGGCUUUGGCCAACGCAGCCAGGGAGCUGCAGGCUGCCCAGGAAGCUGCAGCAGCCCAGCAAGCUGCGUUGGAAUCCAUGUCACCAGAGCAACGGGAUGCCGUGCUGGCUGCCAUGUCUGCUGCCAGCGAGGCUCAGCAGGCUCAGCAGUCCCAGUUCUAUGAGGCCAUGAAAGCUCAUGAGAUGGAGAAGCUGCAGAAGAGCGGCUACUACCAGAGCAACCAGCCUGAGCGGUUUAAGGACGGUUACCGACCGCUGCGCAUGUGCAAGCACUACAAGACGGACCAGUGCUGGCGAGGGCAAGAGUGCACCUAUGCUCACAGUCUGGAGGAACUUCAUCCGGCCUCGCCGGACCUCCCGCGGGUGGAGGUGAAGGAAACAAAUGCCUUGGCCGAGCAGCAGAAGGUGGAAGACAGCGCCCCAGAUGUCAGACUGAAGAAGAAGAAGGAGCUGUGCAACAAGUGGAAGAAUGGUCAAGACUGCGUGCUCGGAAGAGCUUGUCCCUAUGCUCACGGAGAGAAAGAGCUGGGAACUGUGGAGCUUGUGGUCUGUGGGCGCGUGAAGACAAGAAUCUGCAAGUUCUGGACGACGGGAAGCUGCAUGUUCCUCGGCAAUUGCGUCAACGCGCAUGGCGAGAAGGAGCUCGGCACGAAGAGGCCUGACUUCAUGACGCCUCCCAUGAAGAAACGCAGGGAAGGAGAGUCCAUUGACGAGUUCCGAGAACAAGUCAUCGCCAAAAAGGGCGGCAAGGGAAAGGGAAGGGGGCUGGGCAACCACUGA